AUGUCACUACAUUCUUUUCUUACUCUUGCCAUGUCACUAUAUCCUUUUCUUACUCCUGCCACGUCACUGUAUCCUUUUGUUACUCCUGCCACCAUUGUUAGCUAUGAUAUACCUGUUCUUUCUUUAAUUCUAUCUAUCUAUCUAUCUAUCUAUGUAUGUCACGGUCUAUUCAUAUAUAUAUCUAUCUAUCCAUUUCGGUCAUUUCAUAUCUAUCUAUCUAUCUAUCUAUCUAUCUAUCUAUCUAUCUAUCUAUCCCAUAACACUAUCUAUCUAUCUAUCUAUCUAUCUAUCUAUCUAUCUAUCUAUCUCAGUCUGUUCAUUAUCUAUCUAUCUAUCUAUCUAUCUAUCUAUCUAUCUAUCUCAGUCUGUUCAUUAUCUAUCUAUCUAUCUAUCUAUCUAUCUAUCUAUCUAUGUCAGUCUGUUAACUAUCUGUCUGUGAAUCUAUAUGUCUGUGAAUCUAUCUAUCUAUCUAUCUAUCUAUCUAUCUAUCUAUCUAUCUAUCUAUCUCUCUCUCUCUAUAUAUAUAUAUAUUUUCAAUCCAUGAGAUAA